AUGGCUUCCACCGACGGCCUCGACCAGGUGGAUGAACAGCUAAAGGCUGUCAUCGACAACUUGUACAUGCUGAUUUGCCAGGCACACGAGUUCCGAGGCUCGCAGACAACAGACGCCAUGACUUUUGAGAUUAAGCGUCUGAUUCAGAAUCUGCUCUCCCUUUGUCAGACCGCCCGCACGCUACCCACCGGCCUUCCAUCAGAAAUCAUCGAAUACGUAGAGCGAUCGCGCAAUCCUGACAUCUACACACGCGAGUUUGUCGAACUGGUACAGAGACUCAACCAACAACUCAAAGGCAGGAGCCAAGCCUUCGCCGACUUCAGGGACAUAUUGGCAAGAGAAAUGGCUGGUGCUCUGCCUGAUUGCAAACAAGACAUCAUCAUGGUCGUUGAGAGCACUGGAGGCAAAGCUCCCUCCUGA